CUUGUCACCUCCCGCCUCGUCUUGCCGCCGAUUGGCCCCCCUCAUGCUGACAUUUGGCUCUCCAACCAGGCUGGCGUGAUUUGGAUUUGAACAGCUUUGAACAGCUUGCCUUCGAAGGCUUAUCAUUUGUCGUAUUCUUUCACACCCCGGCCCCCGUAGCCGCAUACCGCAACCAUGUUGGAAGGGGUUGUCGCCAACCUGCUUAACCGCUUCUUGGGCAUCUACGUCAAGAACUUCGACGCUACGCAGCUGAACAUUGGUAUAUGGUCCGGUGAUGUCAAACUUCGAAACCUAGAACUGCGGCGAGAAGCCCUGGAUCAAUUGCAUCUACCCCUCAAUGUCGUCGAAGGCCACCUCGGUGAGCUCACUCUGUCGAUACCCUGGUCCAACCUCAGAGGGAAGCCGGUCAGAGUCGAUAUCGAGGAUGUAUUCCUCCUCGCCGCCCCGAAGGAAGAUGCGGACUACGAUCCAGACGAGGAGGAACGGAGAGAACAAGCCCUGAAGAUGGAUAAGAUCGACAGCGCGGAAAUCUUGAAGGAACGAAACUCGGAGGGCAUGAGCCAGGAGGAACAGCGUCGAAACCAAAGUUUCACCCAGAGCCUCAUCACGGCAGUCGUCGACAACCUUCAAAUCUCCAUCAAAAACGUACACUUCCGUUAUGAGGACUCGAUUGCAUCGCCUGGCCAUCCGUUUGCCGUCGGUAUCACGCUAAAGGAGCUCAGUGCAGUCAGCACCGAUUCCGAUUGGAACCCCACUUUCAUCCAGUCAACCUCGAGUACAACGCAUAAAUUGGCAAUCCUGGGUGCCCUGUCAGUCUACUGGAAUACAGAUGCGGAGCUUUUGGGUACCGGUCGAGGUUCUGACGUGGGCGCAGAAGCUCAGGGCACUAGCCAUGCAGAACUGAUGGAGCGACUACGAUCGGGCAUUGAUGAAGAACAUAGCCAAUAUAUGCUUCGCCCAGUGAGUGGGCGUGCUGGGUUGGAACUGGAUAAAUCCGGAAAGCAUGAUCGGCCGGCCAUCAAGACUCGGCUGCUCUUUGACGAGCUUAGCUUCGUUUUAGAUGACAACCAAUACCGGGAUGCGCUGAUGCUCGUGGAUCUAUUCCACUACUUCAUCCGUCAUCAGGAAUACAAGAAGCUCCAGCCGAAGUCCAGCCCCAAGGAAGAUCCUCGCGCUUGGUUCAGGUUUGCUGGUGAAGCCGUGCUUAGCAAGAUCCAUGAUCGAAAUCGGCGUUGGACCUGGGAUUACAUCAAAGAACGAAGGGAUGACCGAAUCGCGUACAUUGAUCUUUUCAAGAAGAAGAAACGCGACGAAAAUUUGUAUGGAGAAGACGCCGAUGAGUUUGAUAGGCUACAGAGAAAGCUGAAUUAUGAGGAUAUCCGGUUUUGGAGAUCGUUGGCGAGAAAUCAGCUUCGCAAGGAGAAUGUAGGCGUGAAAAAGCCUGCACGACAACAAACCUGGGGAGAAUGGAUCUGGGGUACUAAAAAAGAAGAAUCCGAGGAGACAGCAAUGACCGAAGAACAACGCCAGGAGCUCUACAAUGCUAUUGACUGGGACGAGAAGAAAGCAAUUGCCGACAGCGUCGAGGUUCCGCGGGAAUGGGUCAAAUUGCAGAUCAACUCUGCUCUCAGAGCCGGCAGCUUUACCUUGAAGCGUGAUCCCCAUGGAGCGGCCAACGAGAUCAUGAAGUUGGUGUUCGAUAAUUUCCGUGCAAAGGCAUUACAGCGGUCAGACUCCUUUUUUGUUGACCUGGACCUCGGAGGACUAAGAGUUUACGACGGAACAACGGAAGGAAGUCUUUUCCCGCAGAUUGUGAAAGUGAAAGAUUCUCUCCCAGAGCCAAAGAACCGUCUAUCGCAGGUCUCAGGCAAUGCUGAACUAGAUGCUGAGGUCGGUGACGAUAUCGUUGAAGACGAGGACAGUUUGUUCCACCUUCAGCUCGAGAAGAAUCCUCUUGAAAGCGAUGCCGACUCCGUGGUCAAGGUCAAACUAAAGAGUAUCGAGGUCAUCUACAACCCCAGGUUCUUGGUCGAGGUGGUCAAGUUCUUUGAGCCCCCAGAGCGACACAUGGAAUCCAUCGGGGCUCUUUUGGAUUCGGCGGGCGCUACCGUGGAGGGAAUCCGGCAGCAAACCCGAGCUGGCUUGGAGUUUGCCUUGGAGGAACACAAGAAAGUGGAUGCACAAUUUGAUAUCCACGCGCCGUUGUUCAUUGUUCCGGAGAGCAUCACGCAAGAAAGCUCCCUGUGCUUGAUCCUCGACGCUGGUCAUGUCAGUGUCAACAGCGAGUUGGUUGACCGACAGACUAUGAGAGACAUCCAGUCCAAGCAGAAACGCCAGUAUGACGAGGGCGAUUAUAAGGAGCUCGAGCAUCUAUUAUAUGAUAGGUUUCUACUCAAGCUUGACUCGACACAGGUCCUCAUUGGCCCGGGUAUCGAGACCACCAAGUCUCAGCUGAAUGCCGACGUCACAUCUAGUAACUUCCAUAUCAUUGAUCGUAUCAACGUGGACUUCGUCCUUGAGAUGUGCAUCGUCCCGAAGGUCACAGAACUCACCCGGACCAGAAUAUCCGGCCAUCUCCCCGAAUUACAUGCAUCGAUCUCCGACACAAAGUAUAAGGGAUUGAUGAAAUUGAUCGACAUCGCAAUUCCACAAUUUGAUGAUGGGACAGGUGGGCCUGCUUCCUCAGAAGUGAAAGGCGAUAACUCGACUGUCACUGGCAACAGAGCGAGGUCCUCGUCAUUUAAACCACCCAGCCUGAGGGAACUUCCCGUCGUUGACGAAGAUUCUGAUGAUGAGUCGGAUUCCGAACAGACAAAUCAGAGCGUUGAUAAGCCGACCAACAUUCAUCGCCGAGAUUUUGAAUUCAAGUUUACUGUCGGUCGUCUACGUGGUUCAUUGUUUCGCUCGGAUCCUAAUGAUCAACUCCGAGAUCAUCUACUAGCCGAACUGGUUGCUGAAGGGUUCGCAUUAGACUAUUACAUGCGCCCAUUUGAUAUGGUAGCAGAGAUAGUCCUUAAAUCCCUCAGUGUAGAUGAUUACAUUGAGGACAACCCCUUGCCCGAGUUCAAGAGGAUCAUUUCGUCCAAGGGAUUCGAUGCGGACGAGGAUAAAGACCUGUUCCAUCUCAAGUUUGUCCGAGUCAAGCCAGAGUCUCCCGAAUUCGAGUCAACAUACGAGGGCAUCGCGAUGAACCUUGAUGUUUCUGUCUCAACUAUAAACCUCGUCGUCACCAGAAGGACGCUCCUCACUCUCCUGGACUUCAUCCUCCUCACCUUCACUAACCCGGAGCAAUCGACCAACGGGGACCGCCAGUCAGACCGAGCUAUCCAGGGAACAGCCGAGGAGGACCAGAAGCCUCAGCAGUCUGGAAAAAUCCGCAUUAAGGCUGACCUCAAAAGUAUUGCUCUCAUUCUCAACAACGAUGGUGUCAGGCUUGCCACCAUUAGUCUGAACACUGCUGACGUGGGCAUCUUCCUUGUGGGCAAGACCAUGCUCAUUCAAUCUCGAAUCGGGAGCUUGACAUUGGUGGACGAUGUCAAUACAGGAGCUUCUGAGAAGUCUGAUCUUCGGAGACUCCUGACUAUCGAGGGUGAUAACUUCGCCGAUUUCAAAUAUGAGACUUUCGACCCGGAAAGUGCGAAUUACCCUGGAUAUGAUUCCGAGGUUUUCCUCCGAUCGGGAUCGAUCAAAAUCAAUUUCCUUGAAGAACCAUACCGAAAGAUCAUCAACUUCUUGGUCAAAUUCGGGAAGAUGCAGGCAAUUUUCAAUGCUGCCCGGCAGGCCGCGGCCAACCAAGCCAACCAGCUCCAAGAAAAUGCUUCGCGGAUGCGUUUUGACGUUGUCGUCAUGACACCCAUCUUGGUCUUCCCCGGAGCCGUCAAGGAGGACCGCCCUCGCGACACCGUGACAGCCCACCUUGGUGAGAUAUACGUCAAGAAUACCUUUGUCCCGCUCGAGGAUGAAAAGGACAGCCCUGCCGUGAACUUGAUUUCUUCUGGUAUCCGCAAUAUCCGCCUGACGUCGAAAUUCCAUUUCGAUGAAGGCGCAGUCGAAGAACUUGAGAUGAUUCAGAAGGUCAACCUUGAUUUCAGUAUAUGCUACUUGGAGCACCAGCCAGACAACCCACGCCCUGACAUGGAAAUCGAGGGAUCAAUGUCGCCCAUCAAUCUCCGUAUCUCGCAGAAACAACUGAAGUUCUUGAUGGCUUUGUCUAAAACAGUGCCCGGUGCAUUCGCAACCGACACAGAGCAACAAGAGCUAGAGGCAAUGCAGGCACUUCCAUCCUCAGUAACCGAACCGACCAAAGAAGCGGGGUCCAAGGCAGCUCAAGAGAGGCAGUCACUGGAAGCGAACAAUGGAGAUGAAACCUGGGUCCGACUUGAUAUGAUCUUCAAAGUAGAUAGUGUCGGUUUGGAGCUCAUCUUGUCUCAGGACGACGAGCCAGUUGGGCGCUUGGAGGAUGCCAGUUUGUCAAAGUUCUCGUUGAACGACACACGAGUCAAACUACGCAUGUUGACGGAUGGCUCAUUGGAGUCUGAGCUAUUGAUACAUUCCCUUUCUAUUCGGGACAGCCGCAAUGGGGACACCAAUAAAUUCCGGAAAAUCAUGUCUCUGAUCAACAAUGAUGUCCAGCAACAAUUCAUGGCCAGCGUGUCAAUGUCUGCAGGACCGGAAAAACAUCUGAUCGCCAUGUUGACCAUCGAUAGCCCGCGCAUUAUACUUGCGCUGGAUUAUCUUUCUGCCCUGCAGUCCUUCACAAACUCUGCGUUCGCUUCAGAAGAGUCCGUCGAAGAAGAUGAUGGCAACGAGACAGCCGAAGAAUCGGAGCCCAGGUCAAGUACAGCGGAAAGUAGAGAUGGCUCGGUUGGACCUGCAGCUGGAGAGACCGCCACCCCGGCUGGGCAGACUACAGUGUCAUUCAAGAUGAAUCUUGUUGAUGCGCAGGUGAUAACAAUUGCGAACCCGGCCAUCACAAACACUGAAGCCAUAGUACUUGGAACGAAACAGGUGCUCUUCUCUCACCAGAAUGUUUCAACUUUGCAAAUCACCAAAGUUGGCAUGUUUCUGUGUCGGAUGGACAAGUUUGAGACCAGCAGGCUUCGGAUUCUUGACGAUUUCACGCUUGAGAUAACCAUGGAUAGUCGCCCCCAAGAGAAAGGCUCUGCUUUGACAUCAAUCAACGUGCAUCUCGAGCCUUUGGUCCUUCGUCUCUCUCUUCGGGAUAUUCUAAUGGCUGUGCAAAUCGUGAACAAGGCAUCUGAAAUGCGGGCCCAAAGAACCAACGAACUGGAGAGUGGCGAGGCAAAUCAGAUAACAGAUGGCAAAGCCACAGGUACGAAGUCUUCGCGAAGAAAGUCUGUCGGCAAACCAUCGUCUUCCGCGGUUGCUCAUCGUGGGUCGCGUGGAGCCCUUGAUCCCCAAGAAGCUCGACUGGCACCUACGCGUUCGGCCAUUCUCAAACGAGAGGAGAUGAAUGCUCAAAUCGACGGUAUUAGAGUCAUUCUCAUCGGUGACCUCCACGACCUCCCACUGCUUGAUUGGAGCGUGAAGAAAUUUACAGUGGAUGUUCGUGACUGGUCGUCAACCUUGAACGCUGACACAAGCUUCGAUACAUUCCUCAACGUCUACAAUUUCUCCAAGUCAGCCUGGGAGCCGCUCAUAGAGCCAUGGCAGCUGGGCUUCCAUGUGGCGAAGGAAGUAAACCCAGAAAUACUUUCGAUCGAUGCCUACUCUCACAAAACAAUGGAGCUCACGGUCACGUCCGCCACGAUUGCACUGGCAUCCAAGUCUUUCCAGUUCCUUUCCACUGACGAGGAUGUUCUAUCGAAACCAAGAGGCGCCGAUGCACCCUAUCGGAUCCGCAACUACACUGGUUUUGAUCUCCACGUCUGGGCCGAUGUUAGUGCCGACGAAGACGGACCGGCUGCUAAGCUUACAGACGGGGAAGAAUAUCCUUGGAGAUUCGAGGACUCAACUGCUAUGCGUGAGAACCUCGCGCCAGAAGGCCACGCCGGGCUUGUCGGGGUCAAGCUGGAAGGAAGUGGGUUUGAAAGCGUAAGCCGGAUUCCUGUUGUUCGAGAGGGUGAGAUGCUAUACAACUUGAAACCGAGGAAGGAAAACGUUCUCCAUCGACUUCUUGUCGAAGUCAAGCUCGGCACAGACAACGUGAAAUACAUCACCUUCCGGUCACCAUUGGUCGUUGAGAACAACACCCAGAUACCCGUCGAGCUAGGUAUCUUUAGUCCAAACGAUGGCCAUCUUCUGAAAAUUGAGAAGAUCCUCCCUGGUGAUGCUCGACCGGCGCCUGUUGGGGCAGCGUAUAUGCAUUCCCUUGUUGUGCGCCCUGAUCAAGGCUUCGGGUAUGACUGGUCCAACGAACAAUUGCAUUGGAAAGAUCUCAUGCGGCGGCCAACUCGGACAAUCAAGUGUGUCAGCGAGAACGGACAACAGGCCCCGCCAUUCUAUUUCCAGAUGAAUGCUACAUUCAAUGCCCGAGAUUCUCUGACAGGUCACUAUCCUUACAUGCGGAUUCGCAUCUUCGCUCCUGUUGAAAUCCAAAAUCUCCUUCCCUACGAUUUCAAAUACCGCAUUUAUGACAAGAACACGAGAAAGGACUGGACUAACUUCCUGCGAAAGGGAGGCGUCAGCCCUGUCCAUGUCGUUGAACUUUCGCACUUGCUUCUUCUCAGUAUUGAUAUGCAAGAUACUGUUUUCAAACAGAGUGAUUUUGCUAUCAUCAACGGAAACGCGCAGGACUUUAGGCGAGAACAUGUGCUCUCUUUGAAGGAUGAGAGGGGCAUUCAGCUGAAACUUAAGCUACAUUACUACAAUGUGCCUGAAAGUGGAGGCGCAUUCAAGGUGUCCAUCUACAGCCCCUACCUCAUUUUGAACAAGACUGGCCUUCCGAUGGAGAUACAGAGCAAGGCCUUCUUGCAGUCGGCUCGGUCAGCAGCCGGUCAAGGUCUGAGGGCCGAUCCCAGGACUGGCGGUCGUGCUCUUCCCUACAUGUACUCUUAUCCCACUGGUGAUCCCAAGAACCGGUCCAUGCUGAGGAUAGGCGAAUCUGCAUGGAGCAAGCCUCAAAGUUUCGAAGCCAUCGGAAGUACAUUUGAGGUCGUCCUUCCGGACCGAAAUGGCAGGUCCGAAUUCCAUUCAGGUGUGUCUGUCGCCGAGGGUGAAGGGAAAUACAAGAUGACCAAGGUCGUCACAAUUACGCCUCGGUUCAUUCUGAAGAACAAGCUCAACGAAGAAUUGUUGGUUCGAGAGCCUGGUUCUUCUAAUGUCCUUAGCAUUAAAGGAGGCGAUCUUAUUCCUCUUCACUUUUUGCGUCAGGUUGCCGAGAAACAGCUCUGUCUUUGCUUCCCAGGAGUGAACAACCAGUGGUCCUCUCCUUUCAACAUUGCGGACAUAGGGACUGUACACGUCAAACUUGCGAAGACAAAUCAACGCCAAAGACUGAUCAAGGUUGAUACCAUUAUGGAAAACGCUACUCUCUUCGUUGGUUUCAGUUUUGAAAAUCGCAAUUGGCCGUUUUCCAUGCGAAAUGAGAGUGACAUGGAGUUUAUCUUCUACCAGGCGAACCCGAAUAUUGAAGAUGAUGAAGUUGACAGGACAAGCGACUGGCGGCCAAUUCGUUACCGUCUUCCUCCACGAAGUAUCAUGCCUUAUGCGUGGGAUUAUCCAGCCACGAAAAACAAAACUCUUGUGUUGACCUGCAAGGGUAAGGAACGACGUAUCAAGCUUGCGGAGAUUGGCAAUUUGAUUCCGAUGAGAAUUCCCCCAGCUCAGUACGGUGAAUCUCAGAAGAUCAUCGACAUCAACAUUACUGCCGAAGGUCCUACCCAGACUUUGGUUCUGUCAAAUUUCAAGCCUUCGAAGAGCAUGUACCGGCAACAGAGGGGACAGGCUUCUCAAUCCAGUCUAAGCACCGGGUUCGAGGUUAAAGAACUGGAUUCUGAUGUCAAUUUCAAAGCUCAGCUUCGUCUCGGAGGGAUUGGUAUAUCAUUGAUCAACCAAAACCUGAAAGAGCUGCUUUAUAUGACCUUCCGCGACAUUGAGAUCAAGUAUAGGGAAUCUCGACUCUAUCAGACUCUGAACACUACCAUAAAAUGGAUUCAGAUCGACAAUCAGCUCUACGGAGGUAUCUUCCCAAUCUUGCUGUACCCCAGUGUGGUCCCGAAGACCGGCAAGGAGAUGGAGGCCCAUCCGAUCUUCCAUGCCAUGAUUACGCGCGUGAAAGACGAUUCUUACGGUGUGCUUUACAUCAAAUAUGCCACGAUCCUACUGCAGCAGAUGACACUAGAGCUGGAUGAAGACUUCGUGUUUGCGAUGCUCGACUUCGCGAAGGUCCCUGGUGCCUCGUGGUCUGAAGAACAAGAGGGUCAGCUUUGCGACGAGAAUCUCCAAAUCCCGGAGCCAAAGGGUGAAGGUGCUGGGCAGGAUGUAUACUUUGAACUGCUGCAUUUGCAGCCGAUGCAGGUUGACAUUUCUUUCAUGCGAACCGAGCGCAUCAAUGCGGAAGACACGAUGCAGCCCUCCAAUCCACUGAUGUUCGUCGUCAACGUCAUGACCAUGUCAAUGGGCAAUGUCAACGACGCACCGGUCCGACUCAAUGCCCUGAUGCUGGAGAAUGCCCGAGUGUCCCUCGGUGUGCUUGUGAGCAACAUUCAGAGACACUACACCCAAGAAAUUCUCCGUCAAGUCCAUAUCGUUCUUGGAUCUGCUGAUUUCCUCGGUAACCCGGUCGGUCUGUUCAAUAAUGUUAGUUCCGGGGUUGCUGCAAUCUUCUAUGAGCCAUACCAGGGAUUGGUCAUGACCGACAGACCUCAAGAGCUUGGUAUCGGCAUUGCCAAAGGUGCCACAAGCUUUGUCAAGAAGUCCGUCUUCGGCUUCUCGGACAGUAUGGCCAAGCUCACUGGAAGUAUGUCGAAGGGUCUUACUGCUGCCACCCUGGACAAGGAGUUCCAAGACCAGCGACGGAUGUCAAAAUCUCGAAACCGGCCGAAACAUGCACUUUAUGGUAUCACUGCGGGCGGGAAUGCGUUUGCGAACAGCUUGGCAAGUGGUAUCGGAGGCCUCGCACGUCAUCCACUCCAAGGCGCUGAAAAGGAAGGUCUUCAAGGAUUUUUCAAGGGUGUUGGCAAGGGUGUAUUAGGCUUAGCUACGAAGCCUGCCAUUGGUGCCUUUGACUUGGCCUCAAACCUGGCCGAGGGUGUCCGCAACACCACUACUGUAUUCGAUGCAGAGGGGCUCGAUCGUGUUCGACUGACGCGAUUUAUUGGAACAGACGGCAUAGUACGACCAUACUCGCAGCGCGAAGCCUUGGGUCAGUUCUGGCUCAAGACCUCGGACGACGGACUGUACUUCAACGAGGAUUACAUUGCCCACCUGGAGCUUCCUAGCAGAGACAUGCUGGUCAUGUUGACAUACGACCGGAUAAUGCUUGUGCGGUCCAAGAGGCUCAAGACCGAAUGGGACACUCGAUUGACCGAUAUCCAAACCAUCUCGAAGGAGCGCACCGGCAUGAGCAUCAUUCUCAAGGGAGGUGCCAACGGACCCUUCAUCCCGGUUCAGGAUGAAAGCGCCCGAAACUGGCUGUACAGACAGAUUGCUGUUGCCGUCAAUGCAUUCAAUGAGAAGCAUAACAACAUCGCGCGGACCAGUUAAUAUAUUGAAAUUCCUAUGGUCUACUAAUGACGUUUAUGAGAAUUGGCCUCGAGGUAUUCUGGCGUGAUGUCGAGAGGACAGAAGGUAAAAAAUUGUUGCAAGCCAUGGAAAUUCAGACUGGGUGCGUUCAAGGGGCAUCUCAAGUUUACGCUUUCACUGCACUUCAGCGUCGCACAUAGCCAUCUUAUGUUUUUAUGUUUUCGAUUCCUGUCGCUUUUGUUUUUUCAUUCUUCCCCCCUUUCUAAAGUGAUGACUGUAGAUAGUACAUUACGUUUGGUUAUUCAUCAGGUAUUUAAUUAAUAUUUUCU